AUGGACGGAAAGAGGUUGCUCGUCGCCGCGUUCCUGGCUUCGCUACUGGGUACCUGCUGCGGUCACCUGAAGAACAUCAGCGGCUGCAGUCUGGACGUGCUCCAUGGCUGCGGCUCCGACUACGUACCUUUCGGCACAGUCACCCGCGUCCCCGAGACCAGAGAAGAACUGAAGGAAGAGUGCAAGACAUACCUGAGCCAGAUUGCGUGCACCGAGAAAUUUUCCGAGGACUGCCUCGAGAGUCUGCCCCGGGUCGUGUCGCUGCUGGCAACCAGGGCGGCGCAGGAGGACUACGAGGCAACCUGCACGGAGGACACCGACCUGGAGAAACAGUACCUGAACAGCGUGGAGUGCAUGAACGGAGCCGGCCUGAAGCUGAACGCUUGCAUGAAGAAAGUCUUCGAGAAUUUUCAGAAGGCGGCUCAGUUUGCGCCCAAAAAGGAGAAGAUUCACUACGGCUGCUGCUACUACAACGAGCUGUUAGACUGCAUCGAAGACUCCGUGGGGAGCUGCGAAGACUCCGAGGCCUUGGAGUUCCUUACCAACACCAUGGAGCACAUCUUCGGACAAGUGCUCAGCCUGGUGUGCGGCACCUUCUCCCGGGGAUCGCAGGACUGCAAGUCGCUACCCGCCCUUGCAGAUUUGCCGCCGGGCACGACCAAGAUAGGGAAUUUCGUCGAGCCCAUCAUCGUCAUUUCUAACUCGCUCAGAAGUGGCGAUAGAAAGUGAAGGCGCUGCUGCCGUGCAAGUCAUCUGCUACGCGGUGCAUCAGGGAGACCGGGAAAGGAACAAAACACGCAGGGUCAAGAAUGAAGUGUAGUGUUUUUUUCU